AUGUCCUCACAAGUCGAGAGCAAUGACCCCGAAGUCUAUUCCUAUCUUUUGAAUGCGAGAUUUGAAUACAACAUUUCCUCACAUCAUCAGCAUUAUCCACUUCAACAUCAAGGUAGUUCUUCCUCAUCAUUGGGAAGUAGUGGUAUCGGAACCACCACCUCCAAUAAUACAACAUCAACAACAACAACAACAACAACAUGUACUUCAUUGAUGGAUGCAACCAAUACAAAUACCACUCCAACAUUGUAUACCCCUGCAUUGAGGGGAGAUCUCUCGAGAGGUUUUGUGAGGUUCAUUGGAACUCUUCAAGAUCAACCCAAGACUCAAAUUUUUGUGGGUGUUGAGUGGGAUUAUGAAGAAAGAGGAAAACAUGACGGUGAACUUAAUGGAGUGAGAUAUUUCAAAACCAGCGACGGAAGAAAGAGUGCAAGUUUUAUCAAAUUAGAAACCUUUUUAAGGUACUCCACAUUGGGAGUCGAUUUCUUGGAGGCUGUUCAUGCCAAAUAUAAGAAUAAGGAUUUCAAAGAAGAGGAAAUGUAUAUUUAUUCAGCAACAAAGAAGACACAAAUUUCAGUGGAACUCGUCGGUCGAAAAGAUUUGGAAGAAAAAUUAGAAAAACUUGAGAAUUUAACAGAGCUAGGUUUACAAGAGUGUAAAGUGUCAAAAAUUCAGGAAGGAGUGGGCUCUUGUUUUGGAAAUGUGAAAUCCAUAGAUUUAACAGCCAAUUUAAUCACAACGUGGUCUCAGGUUGAAACCGUCUUGAAAGAAUUUCCAAAAUUGCAAAACUUGAUCCUCUCUUCCAAUCGAUUCACCUCGCUAGAAUUUCACAAUAGUCAACCCUACUCGAAUGUUAAAACUCUUGUCAUGAAUGAUGUUGCAAUGGAAUGGAAAACGUUUGCAGAGCGUAUUUUACCUCUCUUUCCUCAAGUCGAAGAAGUUCAUUUUCGAGACAAUAAUAUCACAGAUCAAGAUUUGGAAAGCGUUUCACUGCCUUCGCUUCCAUCUCUGAGAGCAAUGAACAUUUCUGGAAACAAAAUUUCUUGUUGGAAUUCUGUUCGGAAAGCAUUUGGUUCCAUCCCACAGUUGAGUAGAUUACUUCUCAAUUAUAACUCGAUCAAGAGCAUUCAAUGCACGAGUCAAGAGGAAUUUCCUUCGUUGAAAAGUCUCUCUAUUACUAAUAAUAAUAUUGAGGACUGGGAUUCUAUCAAUGAGCUCAACAAAUUUACCUCAACCAUUGAAGAAUUGCGAUUGGACAAUAAUGCUAUUCAAGAAAAGUAUGGUGUGACCAAUACACGACAAGGAACCAUUGCAAGAAUUAAAUCGCUUCAAAUUUUCAAUGGAAGCGAAAUUAAAAAGAAGGAGCGAGAGGAUGCAGAAAAAUAUUACCUUAAACAAAGUGGAAGAGACAAGAUGGCUCAAAUGAGUAGCAGCAUCAACAUGGUUAAUUUUCUUGAAAUGCAUCCACGAUACGAAGAGUUAGUAUCCAUGUAUGGAGAUCCUUGUGAAAACGAGUCGUCAAGUUCAAUCGCCACAAAAGUAAGCAAUGAGUUUGUUUCCUUGUACAUUAAGAAUGUAGCUGCUUCCGUAGCAUCUCAUGGCCACAUUGUCGAGAAGAAGAUACCAUACGGAUUGACCAUCAAAAAACUCAAGCUUAUGUGUCAACGUUUGUUCAAACUUGAUGCUACCAAACAGCGACUUUUCUAUGUGGAUGUAGGACAUUCAUUACCUGAGCCAUUGUGUGACGAUUUCAAAGAUAUUGACUUUUAUGCCGUGAAAGACGGAGGUACAAUUCUAAUGGAAGAAAUCGACGAGAUGCAGGAGCAACGAAAAUUGGAACUUGCAAAGAAGGAGAAGGAGCGAAGCUUGAAAGAACAGGAGGAGCAAGUGACUAGAGAAAUGCGGUGGAAACAUUUGUAA